AUGCCAGAGUUCAUCUCCAAAAGCCCUUUGACUCUCGGAAAGGACAUCACAACAAAGUCCGAACCCGCCAAGCCCCCCUCUUCAACGUCUCACCACGUUCUUGUCGUCGGUGCCGGCGUCACAGGACUCACAAGCGCAUGGUUGCUCCUCGACAGGGGGUACAAGGUCACGAUUCUGUCAAAGGAAUGGCCGACCUUCACCAAGGAGCAACGCCUGACAUCACAGAUUGCAGGUGCCAUGUGGGAGUUUCCUACCGCGCCCUGCGGACCUCGCCUCAAGCCGGAUAAUCUAGCCAGACUCCGCGAGUACGCGUUGCAGAGCUAUGACGUCUAUCUACAGCUCGCCCAGGAUACAGAGCUGGCCCCGGACUUUGGCGUGCGGGUGCGCAAGAUUCUGUGCGGUGCCCCCUACGCGAUUGCGGAAGACGAGGUGGAGCGCGAGCGUGUUGAGGCCAUUGAGCAAGCUAGAAUACCGGGCUUUAGACACGACAAGUCUCUCAUUGAAGCUUACAACCUAUCUGGCGGCGUCGUGGUCGAUACCUUUGAAUACCAGACGCCAAUCAUUGAUUCAGAUCAAGCCAUCAAGUUCAUCUUGAAUCUCGUCAAGGCAAAGGGCGCCCAAUUGGCCACGGGAGAGGUCAAAGGCGACUUUCUGAGCCAUGAGCAGGAGCUGCUCCAGCAGUAUAACGCCGACGUCAUUGUCAAUGCGACGGGGCUCGACGCUCAGACUACUGCUUCCGACACAAGCCUGUACGCCGGCCGCGGGGGUUUGCUGCGAGUCGUCAACGAUGGAAAGACAUUUCCCAAAAUUGAACACGCGCUUGUUGUCAACAACAAGGAUCAUAUGGACUACAACAUUGUAUUCGUCGUCCCGCGAAACGAAAACACCCUCAUCCUGGGCACGUUUACAGAAGAGGGGGAGACGGAAAAUAGUUUGACAGAAAACUCACCGGCCAUGGUGGAAAUGCGCGCAAAGUGCGAGCGAAUCCUGCCUCAAUUGAAGGACGCGAAACUCGAGCCUGAGUACCCCAUCGCACAGGGGAUCCGGCCAAUGAGGCGGGACGAUGUCAGAAUCGAGAAGGAGUCUCGUCGGGCUGGAAGCCGGAUCGUACACGCGUACGGUCAUGGGACUGAAGGCUGGUCGCUUGCCUGGGGGAGUGCCCUGGAGGUUGCAGGACUGGUGGCAAGCUACUAA